UAAAUUCCAAAAUGAUCAAACAGACCACAGCGGAGAAAUACUGCUUUUGCUGAUGAAUUCUGUGGCCUGUAAUGAAUUCAUCCUGGGAAGUGAAAUUGAAGCUUAUGGCAAGGAGUUAGAGAUUGGCAAAAUAAAUAAAAAAAACAAAUACAUAUACAUAUAUAUACACCCCAAACCUCAGAACCUCCUAGCUGCACAAACGUAAGCUAAUGCAGAAAUUCAUGUAUGAAGCUGGUGAUGAAUAGCCCAUGGUUUUGGGGAGGAUAUUGUAUUGGCUGGAUUGGAAAUCUGAAGUUAAUGCUCAUGAGAAGUAAGAACAGCAUGCGAGUCAUUUGACGUGGCUGAAGACUGCAGGACCAGCAGAGGAAAGACAGACGUUUACUCUGAAGAAGCAGCUUGAUCUGCAUCCUACUGUGUUCACUGGGAAUUGAGUGAGAAAAUAAUAGCCAGACGGGGAUAAAAUGCCAGCAAAGGGUAAAUACUUCUUUAACGAGAAUGACGACUGCAAGAUAACAGACCCGCUCUAUGAGAAGUACCGCUACACCAGCCAGCAGCACCCACUUCUGCUGUUGUUGCUCUUCAUUGCAAUUGCCUUCUGGACUACACUAAUUAUUAUCUUUUUUGUCACAAAUGAAGCACGCAAUCAUCUUGCCUUCAUUAUUACAGUAUGUACUGCUCUUGUCGUAUUUGCAGUCAUGUACUUGCUUUUAUGUAUUGGAUCCUUAUUUCGGAGAUGGCUGACGUUAUUUGGAGUUACGAUUUGGAUUAUCUUCGUAACCAUAGGAUAUGUAUCCAUUUUUGAAAAAGAAAAUGAUUUUCCGCCAUGGGAACAGGUGCCAUUCUUUCUAUUCCUAAUCUUCACAGUUUAUACCAUGCUUCCCUUUGGGAUGAGAGAUGCUGUCAUAAUUAGCUGUCUUUCUGCUGUCUCCCAUAUUAUUAUUCUAAGUAUUGUCGUACCCAAGAAUUCUCAGAAAGAAAAGGAAUCUGUACUCUUUCAGUUACUUGCCAAUGCUGUCAUUUUCCUUUGUGGUAACUUGAUGGGUGCAUUUCACAAACGCCAAAUGCAGGUUGCUUCAUGGGAUUUGUAUAGAUACACGUUAAAGUGCAUUCAGGUCCGAAUGAAGCUGAAGAUCGAAAAGAGACAACAAGAAAAUUUGCUUUUGUCCAUACUGCCAGCUCAUAUAUCCAUGGAAAUGAAACUAGCAAUCAUAGAGCGACUAAAGGAAACCAAUGAUAAUAGACAAACGCAUGACAACAAUUUCCACAGCCUAUAUGUAAAAAGGCACCAAAAUGUUAGCAUUCUCUAUGCAGACAUUGUAGGAUUUACGCGCCUUGCCAGUGACUGCUCUCCUAAGGAAUUGGUAGUGAUGCUGAAUGAACUUUUUGGGAAGUUUGAUCAGAUUGCUAAGGAGAAUGAAUGCAUGAGAAUAAAAAUUCUGGGAGACUGUUACUACUGUGUCUCAGGCCUACCUGUAUCCUUACCUGUUCACGCCAGGAACUGUGUUAAAAUGGGACUUGAUAUGUGUGAAGCAAUAAAGCAGGUGAGAGAGGCCACGGGAGUGGACAUCAACAUGCGGGUUGGCAUCCAUUCUGGCAACGUGCUCUGUGGCGUGAUCGGCCUCCGGAAGUGGCAGUACGACGUCUGGUCUCAUGACGUUUCCUUGGCUAAUCGCAUGGAGUCUGCAGGAGUGCCUGGUCGUGUACACAUCACUGAAGCAACAUUAAAUCACCUAGGCAAAGCUUAUGAAGUAGAAGAAGGGAAUGGACACCUGAGGGAUCCUUACCUUGAAUCCAUGAACAUCAAAACCUACUUGGUGAUUGAUCCAAGGUCCAAACAGUGUGUGUCAAAUAAUCAUCUCCCUAAAACAAGAGUUAACGAUGGGCUGAAGAUGCGAGCAUCUGUCCGGAUGACGCGGUAUUUAGAGUCCUGGGGAGCAGCCAGGCCCUUUGCCCACCUGAACCACAGAGAAAGUGUGAGCAGUGACUCCUCAACUUCACAGGGAAGGCGAAGAAAGGAAAUACCUUUGUGUUCCACUGGACGCCAGAGGACUUCAGAUAGGAACUCAUCUCAGAAGGGCAGGAUAGAGGAAGACAUUUAUGAUGAAAUGAUGUCAACCAUUGAGGGCCUCAGUUCAACCAACCCUUGGUGUGGCAAGUCUGAUGACUUCUGUGGAUUCUCCUUGAUUUUUGCAGAACCCGGACUUGAAAAAGAGUAUCGCACCAUUCCUAUUCUAAAACUGAAGAGUUACUUUGCGUGUGCCAGUUUUGUGUUCCUCUGCAUAUUUCUGAUACAGAUGUUUAUAAUGCCAAAAACUGCAAAACUGGGGAUUUCCUUUGGUGUUGUCGCAGUCGUAAUUACACUUAUUUUGUUUGUGUGUUUUGCUGAGAAAUGGAUGAAGUGCUGCUCAGAACAAUGGCCUUUCUUGCACCAUCUUGGUGCUAUCUCAGAAAAGGUGGAAACAAUGCCUUUGCUUAGGCUCCCUUUAGCAAUCAUCACCAUAGGUGCCUUGCUGAUUAUAGCUAUUUUUAAUUUGACUACUGAAGGAAACAAGCCUGCAAACUCUACGGGAUCGAAUGACCUGUAUGCCACCACCUCUCCUUUUGGAAAUAUAACUGAACACUGCGUCGAGGAAACUUAUUAUACUUACUGCUGCAUAUUAGCAUUCAUUGCUUGCUCCGUAUUCCUCCAAAUAAGCUUCGAACUCAAAGUUCUUCUCCUGUCCAUUGCUGUGACUGUUUACCUCAUCAUUUUUAAUACCCUUCAGCAUAGACACAUGAGCAUCUCUGUGAAUGAUACCAGGUUUUUUAUGAAAGAGCCGAGAAUAAUGACUAAUUUAUAUCUGGUUCUGUUUUACAUAACCCUAAUUCUACUUGCAAAACAGAUUGACUAUUACUGCCGACUAGAUUGUCUGUGGAAGAAUAAGUUUAAAAAAGAACACGAACAGUUUGAAACGAUGGAGAAUGUUAACAGGCUUCUGUUGGAAAAUGUACUUCCAGCACAUGUCGCUGCCUAUUUCAUUGGUGAAAAACGAAAUGAGGACUGGUAUCAUCAAUCUUACGAUUGUGUCUGUGUCAUGUUUGCAUCAGUACCAGAUUUUAAGGUAUUUUAUACUGAAUGUGAUGUCAAUAAAGAAGGCCUGGAAUGCUUGCGGCUCUUAAAUGAAAUCAUUGCUGAUUUUGAUGAGCUGCUAUUAAAACCUAAAUUUAGUGGUGUUGAAAAAAUCAAAACCAUUGGAAGCACUUAUAUGGCAGCAGCUGGUCUCAGUGUUACACCAGGCCAAGAGAGUAACCAGGAUAAGGAGAGACAGCAUGCUCACAUUGGGAUUAUGGUGGAAUAUGGAAUUGCCUUGAUGAGUAAACUGGAUGGCAUCAACCGACAUUCCUUUAACAAUUUCCGCUUACGUAUUGGAAUAAAUCAUGGCCCAGUGAUUGCUGGUGUGAUUGGUGCUCGGAAACCUCAAUAUGAUAUUUGGGGCAACACUGUAAAUGUUGCUAGCAGAAUGGAGAGUACAGGGGAGCUUGGGAAAAUCCAGGUCACAGAAGAAACAAGUAAAAUACUACAGGAAUUGGGAUAUUCAUGUGAAUGCAGGGGACUCAUUGAUGUCAAAGGCAAAGGAGAACUCAGGACUUACUUUGUGUGCACUGAGACAGCCAAAUUCCAAGGCAUCGGACUGAACUGAGGCUACGACAAAGUUAUUCAAAGUAGACUUAGAACUGCCUCCCUUCUGUGAAGACUUAGAAUUUUCCUCCUUAUGUGAAGGAGAUUAUUCUAAACGCAUAGAUACGCUAUUCAUACUUCAUCUACAGCUCAAAAUAGGAGAAAGAUUUUUUCUGAAAGAAGUUCUGAAAAUUUCCUAGAAGGCACACAACCACUUUCUGAAAAGGACUGCCUUUUCCUGAAAGAAUUUGAGGAUUUACCUGGAAUUGUCUUGAAGCAUUUUCAGUUAGGUUCCUUUCCUUACCUGCACUGUGGGAGUCCAGCAGCUCCAGUAACAAUCUAUGUGGAUGUGCUGCAGAAUUAAUAACCAUGUUAAAACAUUCCACUACUUCAUUCUUUGUCACAUCUGCUAACAGUAUUGUAUUUGUCGCAGACAUGAGAGAGGAUACUCUGGGCGCUGCACUUCUUGUUUCUUAAUGCUGAACAGAUUUCAUGGCAGAAGAUUGCUCAAUAAUGGAAAGAGAAAUGCAAGUGAAUUCAAAUAUACUGUAUGAUAAUUGUGCUAAGUUUCGCUGGCAAAAAUAAUUGCACAGUAUUGGAUCACUUUUUCAUUAGUUUAGCCUCCUUCAUAGCAGUACCUGGUAUUCCACAAAUGUAUUCCUGACUAGCAGUUGUUCAGAAAUAACUUUCAUCUAGUUCAAAGUAUUUACACAGUAAUACAUAUUCUCCUUUGUACUUCUGUAUUUAGCAGCCGCAUGCAGAUUUUGUACAGUUGCAUAGGAAAGUGGUCUUUAAAGUUCUGGCUUUAAUUGUCAAAACAUGUAUCUAAUCUUGAGGUGCACUGGGCACUUGCAGUUUACUCUGGCUGCUUGGCUAGACAGGCUCUGAUAACAGCUUGUAUCACUGACGUCCCAAUGGGAAUUCUGCAAACUGACUGCGUUCUUAAAGGCAUUUAUGGAAGAAGAAAAUCUGUUCUGAAUUGUUCUGAAACUGCAGAACUAGUAAGAUAGUAUUAGAAAUAGUUGCAGAUACUGUAUAUACAGAAAUGCCUAAGAGGUGGCUUUUUUUCCUGUUUUUGUUUCUUCAAUUUGACUAGCCACUGGCUGUAUACCUUUUAAAGGCAAUACAGUUUAUGAAAAAACAGUUUUGAAGAUUACAAAAGGAUGUGUGGACAAACAUGCAUAAUGGGAAUGUUUUAGCAGUGCCUCAAUACUGAAAGGAUGCUUCAAAGCAUUAGUAAGAGAUCACAGAAAUUGACUUACUGUAAAGAUAAUGUGUAAAGGGUAGGGAGUGUUUUUUUUUUUUUGUUUGUUUUUUUUUUUAGUGUAACUGGGCUUUUGCUGAUUUCUAAAUAAGCAAUUUUCUACUUACUGCACUUGAUCUACUUUCUGCUGGUGAAGGUGAUAGUGUCCUGUAAGGGUAACAUCUUGUGCCCAAAUAUACCUAUUAAGGAAUGAUUUUUUUUCCCCCUUACAUACAACGUGGAAUAUGACUAAACAGCACCGUGAGCUGUAAUACGAGUUCUGCGUCUGUUUUGCUAAGCCUUACUUUUCUACAAAGCAGCAUUUACUAAUAUUUUGGGGUUUAGUACUAAACCAUGCUGGAAAAGUGUUUAACAGUUGUAUGCAUCACUGCAGCUUUCUAAUUACUGUGUAAUUUCUUUAGAAGACAAAAGUGACUAUGUUUCAACACAGGAACAAAUCUAAAUAUUGUCUAACUGUGACAAAGGAUUAUAGCCUUUGCCAAUUUGGUAGGUCAAAACUGUGUUUGCAACAGCCUUCAACAGCAGGUAUCAUGGUAGAAAACCUUAGUUUGAAGUUGUCUGGUUCAUGCACAGGUUCUGUUGAAGAAGGAAGUUUCGUAUUUGGUGUCUUGUCAGUAUCAGGUCAGUGUUGUAGUUAAGUAAACUUUCCAACAGCUUCUGCUACUCUUGUAUAUUAGAUGUUUGUAGUAACAGGUGCUCAUCAGGCAUUUGUUCUGAGAUAUUUAUUUAUUGUUUUGUAAGGACCAUGCAUGGUCCGUUCAGCAGUCUUUGACAUUGUUUGUUAGGUAAAGUGACUAUGGGCCUCAUUAAUAUAUUCUGAAAAGUGCAUUAUGCAUAUGGAUAGAGCUGGCUCUGAAGUGUUUCUGUUCACAGUACUAGUAGAAUGUAGAUGUAAGUUAUCUGUGAAAGAAAAUUAAGUGUACAUAACAGCAUUUUGAAAUGCUUUUGUUUACAUUAUAUUGCCUGUCAGGCUAGUAACUUGCUUGGGCAUAAUUUAACCUCAUUUAUAGAAGUGGUAUAAAGAGCUGUAAGCUUUUGAACUGGAUGAUGUAGUUUUUCAUUGCAAUUUUAAAAGGACAUUAUCCACUUAUGCUGCUCACUAAGUUUUAUUGUAUUGUGUAAGGCAUACUCAGAGAAAGGCUAGAAAAUCUUUGUAAAGUCAGGAAGACCAAGGGAAAAUGGGUAAUAGCCGAGGAUGACUUUUUAAUUUCCUGUCAGAACUGGAAUUGCAUAAUAGGAGAGCUAUAUUCAACCAUAGCAGUUUAGUGUAAGAGGUAACUAUUUAAAUAAUUUUUAGCAGUCCUUUCUCAAGAGAACUGUGAAAAUUAAGAUUGAAGAAAUAAUCUUGUUUAGAAAAUCCUCUUCAUAGCAUCACUGUUUUCCUGAACUAAAAAGUGGCACUGUAUUUAAUUUGAAGAGCUAGUAACAUCUUGAAUUAGCAAUCUAUUUUAAAGAACAAACUUGUUUUACCAUUAAAUAAAAAACUUUAUGCAA